AUGAAUACUUAUUGUACACAAAUAAUUAACAUAAAUGCUACAUAUAGAUGUGAUCCAAGUAUUUCAUGUGGUUGUUCAUCAUUAAGUACAAUUGUUACAUCGAGAAUUGUUGGUGGAGAAGUAGCACCUGAUUAUGCAUGGGGUUGGAUGGUUUCUCUUCAAAAGUCAGGUAAACAUUUAUGUGGUGCAAGUCUUUUAACACCUGAAUAUGCUGUAACAGCUGCUCAUUGUCUAGAUGAAGUUAUGGAUAUAUCUGUAUUAUCAAUUCUUGCUGGUACUAAUGAUUUAAAUGAUACGUCCAUUACAACUAUUCAACAAAGAUCAAUCAUUAAUGUUACUAUGCAUCCUGAUUAUGAUAAAUUAAGUAUUGUAAAUGAUAUUGCUAUUAUUAAAUUUUCUCCACUUAUAACAUCAUCAAAUUCUAAACUAGCUUUUAUUUGUUUACCUAAACAAGAUGAAGAUCCAUUUAAAACAAAUAGUAGUCUUGUAGCUAUUGGAUGGGGUGAUUUAUUGCAAGGUAUGAAUAGUGUAUCUAAUACUCUUCAACAAGUAACAGUUCAAGUUUUUUCAUCAACAUCAUUUGAAUGUCAACAAUCAGGAAUGAACAAUUCAUUAGUGCAUUUUUGUGCGGGAAUUAUAACUGGUGGUAAAGAUACAUGUCAAGGUGAUAGUGGUGGUCCAUUAAUGGCUUUUGUUGAUAAUCGUUGGGUAUUAGCAGGAAUAACAUCAUUUGGUGACGGAUGUGCUAAAGAAGGAUAUCCAGGAGUAUAUACACGUGUGUCCUCUUUUAUUUCAUUUAUUAAUUCAAACGUUAAUUUUCCAGUAACAGAAAUAACAACGGUUUCAUCACCGCCAUCGACAACUGGAUAUAAUAAUAAUCAAUCGAGUAGUAUAAAGAAUAAUGGAAAUAUGAUAAAUAAAUCAAUAAUGAUUAUGAUACAUUGUUUUUCAUUUUUAACAUGUUUCUUGUUUUCUUAUUGA